CAAUUUUUUUUUUUUUUUAAAAGAUAUCAAAUAUCAAAUACUCAAAUACUAUUGGAUGGUUCACGCUAUGGGGUGAACCCAAGAAUUUCUCAUUAUUAUAUAGUGAAACAUAGUUUGACAAGGAGUGGUAAAAGUAAAACUUUUCUAACGUUUCCUAACAUUCUUUGGACAAGGAACUUAACAAUCAUUAUAAAAACAUGAUUUACCAACUCGUCGAGGCAAGUCUCAAUGUCGAACAAGCUAAACUGGUCGGACCUUCACUAUGACGUUCUACAAUUGAUUCUGGAGGGUUUGGACAUCAUUACUUAUGUUAGAGCUCGAACCGUUUGCAAGAAUUGGUACGCAGUUUGCAAACGAAUCACUUCAGUACAGGAAAGGUCUCCGUGGGUGAUAAUCUUCCCUGACGGAAGAUCAAAGUGCGGUUCAUGUCUAGUGUCGGACUGUUGCACUUCUCGACUCACCGGUAAAUGUAAGUUUUACAGAUUGCAGAAUCUCGGCAAUGACUUUGGUACUCACCGGUGUAUCGCAACUUGCGGAGGCUGGCUCUUAAUGUUAGACCUACGUUCAAGUUUAUACGUUUUGAAUGUUUUCACACGCGAGAGAAUCAAACUUCCGCCGUUUGAGUCACACAAAGGAAGGCUAUGUGUUGAGAGACGCCGAGACACCAACUUCGUAAUAAAUAAAUCGUCAGUAACCACAAGAAACGCUGUAAACAAGACAAACGCGGUUUUAUGGGUGGACGAGAGAACCAAACGUUACACAGUCAUCUGGUCCAUAGGUCUCUGGUAUAUGAUGUACGCUAGGAGUGGGUUCAAUUUCUCCUGCAGGAUGGGCUGUAGGCACAGCGUGAAGAUUAUAUUUGGCUUUGUGAUCGGGGUGGUGGGUUGCGCCAAGCUCCAUUCUCUCGCACUUCUGACGGAGAUGUUUAUGACCUCUGCAAGUGACAGCAGUUUAUUUUCGAAGAUCAAUCUGUUUGGAGCUGUCCAGAGACACCAGCAGAUCCACAAGAACAAAUGCGUUGAGGCUCCAUUCAAAAUUUAAAUAACAAUCUUUUAUCAGUAGAAAACAAUAAUACUCUAAAUUAAUAGAAUAGAAGCUUCAAUAGUAUUCAAGAAACAAUGAUUGGUCAAAGCUUGGGCUAUCAAAUCUCAAGGCUACCACACAAAUAUUCGUGGCAUCGACUUGUCCUGGUCCAUCUAGUGUCUCACUAAUUACAGCAGCAACUGGCGUAUAAUAGUAAAUCAUGCUGUAGGUUUUCAUCUCUUAAUCGUGUUUACUCGUGAAACAACCAAUCUUCCUUCAUUAGUCGUAGAUUCAUACGACAGGACGUAUUUGGAUACUCUCUUGAGCUCUACGGCACUAAGUUUCUUUUAACUUGGGACGAUUUCAGGCUCUGAAAGACAGCUGUUUUGUGUAUAAACGAGAGGAAGGGAGAUUUCGUAGUUGCCUGGGCUAUCAAAUAUUAGAGAUAAGCUUGUAAUUAGAGAUAAAGAUCACAUAAUGUUUAGAUAGAUCUUAUCAUUCGGGUAUCUAGGAUUCGAGUAUAUCUCAUAUAUCUCCCAACGUGUAUAAGAGAGGAACAUUGGUUCAUGAAUAACAUAACACAAGAAUACACUUUGACAUGGUAUCAGAGCCACCUCUUGACUCUUGAUAAUUUUACCAUCGUUUUUUUUUAAAUCUCUCUAAAACAAGAUCAUGGCUGAAAAUCAAAGUGCAGCAAUUGUCACAACAGACAAAUUGAUGUCACCAUAUUACCUGCAUCCGUCAGACAACACGGGACAG